AACCUCGCCCUUUUGCGGCACGAGUCGGGGCUGUUUGGGAGCGGUCGUUUAAGCAGAGCCCCGUAGUAGUAUUACUACUACUACAGGCAUUGUGUGUGUGUGAACCCACCUACCAUAUUCAACCCCACCCCCCCAACACAGUCCAGGCAAUUGCAGACAAACUCGAUGCAAAGGGAUAAUUGACGCCGUACAACCCGCAGCGCAGUGCGUGGUGACGUGAGCGUGUGCGGCAUUCGCUACACUUACUACCCCCACCACGCUCAGCUGUGGGGCUGACGCCGCUCACAUUGGAGGCAGCUGUAGGCAGAGGGCAAUUCGGUGCGUGGCAGUCAAUUCCGCAGUCGGCAGUCGGUUUCGCUCACGAGCGGCCGCAGUUAUUUCCUGAUCGGCUGCAGCAAGGAAGCGGGCAAGGGUGGCUGGCUAGUGGUGGUGGUGGAGGAAAAGACUUGCUGUGGGUGGGAUACAGUGUACACAAGAGGAAGGUCUAAUUCAUACACAUUGAUUGCGGGGAGGGAGGGGGGGUUAACGUUGUGUUGAAUAUUUGUCGUGUGUGAAGGUGGUGGUGGGAUAGAGAGUUGUGUGUUUUGUUGGCACGCACCAACUCUUAGGCUGGAGGCAACGACAAUGGAGCAGCAGCAGAAGCAAGUCAGUAGGGAAGCUGUGGCCGAUGUAGGCAUGGAGUCUGGACAACAACAUCAUCAGCAGGAGCAUCAUCAGCAGCAUCAGCAUCAUCAUCAGCAGCAGCAGAGCGAAUGGGACUCCUUCGGUCCUGAUUCCUGUGGCAGCGCGACUUUGCUUGGCCCUUUUGGGGCGAUGGCCGAAACUCUGAACGCCGGCACCGCGGAAGCCGACAAGGCUGGGCUUGAUGCUGUCGCCAAGCCCAGAACCACGGAGUCACCACCAGCAUCAGCAGCAGCAGCAGCAGCAGCAGCUACAGGCUAUAUGGAGAUGGGGCAAAUGAGCGACUUCGAGAUCUUGGCGCAUGAGAAAGGCGACGAGUCCGACGUUAGCCCGGCGGGUGUGCGGGUGGAGCUGGAGAUGCCCAAAAACUGGACGUCCGACUUUGAGGCCCAGAAGGAGGUUUUCUACCAGGACCCCUCGCCGUCCAUCUUUCAGGACUUGUCAACCGGGCACGGCGAACGUUUUGCCACGGCAGGCUUGAGCGAGGUGGAUCUGAACAAGGCCGCGGGCAGCCCCCACAGCGAUGAGGGGCAGCAGAUCGAAUCCUGUGACAGCAGCCCCGCGGACGACAUCGUGACGGUGUUCCCCAAGCCGUCCGCCCUCUUCACCGAGAGCUCCGUCGCUUCCUUUCAGGGUCGGGGCAGCCCCGAAGCGGUGGGGUCUCUGUCCGGCAAGACCAGCCCGUCGGAAGACAAGACGCCUAAGAAAGCGACGUCUCCUGAUAAGCCAAUGGAAAAGCUCAUCUAUCUCGCUCAGGAAAAAUAUCUGGAUACCACUGUUCCGCAAAAGAGGGAGAGCGACGGGGAGGUUUUGACGAAGAACCCAAGAAAGGACGAGCGAGCGGAGGCACUGAAGCCACGUGACGCGCACGUAGGCGAGAAACAACCGGUGGUGUACCACCCAGGGUACUCCGAGGCGGAAACCAUCUCCAUCUCGCAGGAGAGCAGCCCGCUGGAGGAGAUCAGCCCCAUUUCGGAAGAAUUCACGGACAAACUGAUCGUCGCCAGCGACGAGGUGCAGAUGCGGCAGCCUUCGACGGAAAUGGAAUACUCAAUUUCACUGUCCCAGGAGAGCAGUCCCGGAGAAGACUCGAGUCCCGUGACGGGCAACUUGGGCCACGUGUUCCCCAAACCGAGCGCCGCUGCCACCACCGUGCAGCAGCAGCAGCAGCAGCAGCUGGCCGGGAUUGAUUCCUCCGAGGAGAAGCAAGUCCCGAUUGCCAAGAAGGACAACUCCCUGACGUCGUCGUACGUGAGCAGCUCCACCGAGGAGUCGAGCCCUGGCGAGGAAGGAGUACGCGUCGUGGGUGGCGGGAGCAAGUCCGGCGAGAAGGAAGACUUCGUGGAGGAAGUGGCGCCGCUGUCCCACGAGGAGGAGAGAUCGCCCCGCAAGACCGAAUCGCGCGCCGGGGUGGACGGAAAGGAGCCGGGUUUCGCCGUGGAGUCCCUGGGGGCGUCGUGGGGCAGCGAAGACGAUUGGCCCGCGAGCGAGGGUGUGCGGGCAGCCGAGCCGGCGGCCUCCUCCAAAGGAGACCUGGGCGGGCGUGUGGCUGGCGGCAACGUGGCCGAGGAGCCGCACCUCGGGGGCAAAUCUCCCGGAGUGCCGCCCACUCGGGGGGCAGCCGCGGGCGGAGGGCAUGCGGAGGGGCCACGCGAGGAGCAGACCGCUGCGGACGCGCACGCAGGCGCGGCCGCUACGGCAUGCUGGCCUGCCGGCUCGCGCGAUGCUUUUCACGCCGUGCUUGCGGCGCCUCCUUUGCUGGAGGGUGCUAUCGCUGGGCCAGGAGUGAGGGCCGUAGCGAGCGUGCAAAGUGACGACGAUGAGCCCGUUGAGCCAGAGAAAGGUGAAGGGGAAGCGUUCGACGGACACCACGCGAAAGAGAAGUUUGCCCCUCCGAAAGCAGACUCCGUCACGGAAAAGGCGCCUGCAGCUAAGAGCGUUGCCGAGGAGGAGGAGGAAGAACGCGAGCACUUGGAAGCUGCCACGAAGGCGGCCAUUUGCGCCGCGCAGCAGCCAGCGGCGCGGGAACGCGACUUGGGCUCGGAGCGAGUGUCCGAGGCCACCGGGGUGGACGCCACAGAUUCCGAUGAGAGGAACGUCGACACCGAGGAGGAAGAUGAGGAGGAGGAGGGAAAAGAGCUCUGGGCAGCGGCUGCCGAGCGGGCGGAGACUAGGAGAGCGGUGGAGGGAAGCAUGCAGGAGCUGAGCCGGGCCCUGGAGAAGAUGAAGGGGGACUCUCGUCUGGCCAUUGAGGAGGUCCUGCAGCGGGAGGAGGGGGAGGGGGGCGCCGCAGUGGCUGUCGACGCGCGCAAAGCCAAUGAGGCCGUCUGCGCGGAGGCCGCGGUGCCUGGGCGCGCCGGGCGGCUGCCGGCGGAAGACGCCGGGAACGAUUUUCCGCUUCCGGGCAACGCGGCGCGGGCGGUGGACACGGGAGCCGUGGAGGCCUCGAGCGUGCAGGUCCCGUUCACCGACAUAAUCGCCGCCGCUUCGGAGGAGGCUUUGACGGAGACGCCGGCGUCGGGGCGGACCGUGCGGAGCGUUUGCCCGGUCGCCCCGACCGAGAGCCACGUGGAGGACAAAUCCGCGGUGGGGAAGCCGGUGACUCGGCAAGAGGAGACUGCUUUUGAGAAGGAGCGGGAGGUGAAUUUAGGGGGCUCUGACAUUUCUUUUGAAAACAUCGACCGAGCGGGCGGUGAACUGAAACGGCGGCAGCACCAGCAGGAGGAGACUUCGGUGGCCGUGAAGGACGACGCCUCGAGCUCCCUCACAGAGGCCACGGCGCAGAACCUGGAGAACUGUGCUCGCGCGGCGGCGGCGGCGAUCAUCGUCGGCCACGAGGUGGGGCGAGGAGGAGGAGAAGGAGGCCCCCUGGAGUGUGAGGCACCGGCGCCCACGAGCGACGCGCGUGCCAAGGGGGAUACCACCAGCACGUGGGACCGCGUCCCCACGGAAACCGAUCCGGCGGGCGACUCGUCCGCGGAGUCCGAAGACGGAGCCGCAGCGCGGGAUUCGCAUCGCCAGGAGCAGUGGCGCCAGGACCAGCGAGUACCGGCAGGCGGCGAGACGCGCGGGUAUCGUUCUGGCGAGGCCCCGCAGCCAGACGCCCUCCGCGCCACCGAGGAGACGGCGCAAGAAGCCCCGAGGGGCGAGCCGACGAUGGCCCAUGAAGAGCUCGAAGCAACGGCGGUCGUUUUUCAAGCGCCGCGUGAGCUCCAGAGCUCUCUGGAAAGCGCUCGCGUUGCCAAAGGGCAGGGGACAGCGAACGAUUUCAUGGACUUUGAAGUGGGAAGCGCGAAGCAGCAGCCUCAGCAGCAGCCUCAGCAGCAGCCUCGGCAGCAGGAGCCUGCCGUGGCCGUGAGCGUCGCCAAAUUCGACACGCCGCCCUCUGCCGUCCGCGUCAUUGACAGCGAGGAGGAGGAGGACGAUGACGAUGAUGAGUACGAGAACGAGUUCUACUCGGAGGAAACCGUGGCGUCUGCGGCUGCCCCCUGGGUCCAGAAGAGCCUUAUCACGGUGGAGGAGGAGGAGCUCUCCAAACCGGGCAAGGUCACCGUGAUUCCCGAACCCCUCGGUGGAGCCGCAGGGCCUCCCCCGCAGGCCGCCGCCGCCGCCGAACCAAAGGGCCCAGUCGCGGCUCCGGCGGCAGCAACGGCGGGACCUGCCCCCGCCGGCGACGAGGAGGAGCCCAAAGGCUUCCGUCCGGCGCAGCCGCCCCCCACCUGGCCGGGGUUCGGGCCCCCCACGGUGAUCAUCGAGGAGGCCGCAGAGGAAGGUGGUGAAGAGCGAGAGGAGCCCGCCCCUGAGGUGAGGCCCCGCGGGAAGCCAAGCGAGGCAGCAGCAACGGCAGCGGCGGCAGCAGCGGAGGAGGAGAAACAGCCGGAGGUGGAGAAGAAGCUGCCAGCCAAGGCGGAGGAUGGAAAGUCACGGCAGUCCUUGCUGGAGAAGAUCCACUUGCCAGCAGUCUCGGAGCUGGUGUACUGGCGGGACCCGCGGUGGAGCGGCGGGGUGCUGGGGGUGCUGCUGUUGCUGCUGCUGUCCAUCGCACACCUCAGCGUGUUCACCAUCGUCGGCUACCUGGGCCUGCUGAUGCUCACCUGCACCAUCACGUGGCGGGUGUGCCGCGGCGUGCUGUGCGCCGUGCAGAAGCGCGAGGACGGACAUCCCUUCCGGACGUACCUGGCGGAGGACGUGGAUGUGACGCGGGAGCGCAUGAGCCGCCAGGUGGAGGCGGCUCGUGUCUGGACCACGGGCGCCGCCACGGAGUUGCGGCGCCUCCUGCUCGUGCAGGACCUCGUUGACUCGCUCAAGUUUGCCGGCGUCCUCUGGCUCAUGACGUACGUGGGAUCUGUGUUCAACGGCCUCUCUCUCCUCAUCCUGGGUGUGGUGCUCCUGUUCAGUGUCCCCAUCGCCUACGAGAAGAAAAAGACCGAGGUCGACCAUUACCUGGCACUGGUUCAAGCGAAAGUGGACGAUGCAACGGCACGAGUGAAGAGCAUGAUUCCUGCCGCCCUGCGUCCAAACGAAGCCAACUCCUCGGCCAAGUGAAAAGCGCAAGCUCGACCGUGCUCGACCGUGCUCGACCGUGCUCGACCGUGCUCGACCAUCGCCAACCCCCCCCCCCAACUGAACAGAAGCUGACGAUAGCCUAACACUUCCGUUGUUACUCCGUACGUUUGACUUAAAAAUCAAGUAGGAUACCAAUUUGCGUGUGACGUAACAAAGUGCAUGAAACUACCAAUACUUUAGAGUUUUUAUUUAAAUCGAGUUUUCUUUUGUGUUCUGUUUAUUCGUCCCCUUAACAUGCUUGAGGUACCGUGACGAAUUGUAAAUCGCGUUCGCGUUGUCAAUGUUGCCACGACGGUCGCGCCGCGCAAUGCCGUCGUCAAAUGUAAUCCAGAGAGCCGCCGUGGAACACGGCGGUCAGCCUCGAGUAGUCCGCGUCAAACGCAUUCUCGUUUUAGAUGACUUAAGAAAGCAGACAUCGGUGGUAAGCUGAAUUGGUGAACCCCGAGAUCCAUUACCGCACUCGAUCACUCGGUCGCAGUCCGUCGCAACGUGCAGCUCUUAACCGGCGGUGGCGGCGGUGACGACGGCAUCAUCCUCGCCAGGCGUGCAGGACGAGUCUCUGUCCGCUGCCGUAAGGCCAUGGGGCUUGGAGAGCGGCUCUGCCGGUGGGGGGGGGGGGGGGGGUGGACAUGCCUGGGCCCCCACGGCCCCCACAUCCCCCACAGCCCCCACAGCCCCCACAGCUCCCACGGCUCCCACGGCCUGGCCGUCUAGGCAAAACCUUUUAGCACCGGUUUUUUGUCUUCCGAGUCUUGAGCAACACCUGAAGAAAUUUGGCCAAAUUUCCGCUGGGUGAGUCGACAAUAGCAUCCCAACUUUAUAAGUCAAAUUUCGUUUGUAUUGAAUCCUCUUCACGAGCACACCCUACCCCUCCGAUACCCUACCUCCCCCACCCCCCCACCCCGUUGAUGACGGACGGACAUCAACACUUUCAACGUGAGUUUCAAAGCGUUCGAAAUAUAUUAAUUUAUUAACAACUUUCUGCAAGUCAAGCAUGCAGUGGUGGCCGUUGAACAAUUGGUUUGCUGAAAUGUUUUCUUCUGUCUGUGGCCACUUGGGCCCUUGCACCUGUGAUUCCUGUUGCUGCAAAACAACGUGCACUCGCUCUCCGAUCGGCCGUCUCCUUCGCACCAAAGGGAGGCACGUUCAGGUCACCUAACUAACAACAUAAGCUGUGUGUACAACCAAUUUAAAAUAUACCAAAAUAGCUCGAAUUCAGUGUUCUCUUGUUAUUUAAAAAAAAAUGUAUACAUUUUGGCAAAUCGGUGUUGGAGGUCAGAGUCAAAAUGUCAAACGGGUCUCCCCGCUUAAAACGAGCACAGUGGCUUCGCUUCACUCGUUUCGCAGCCCUGAGCCGGUGGUGAAAUUCCCACACUCCCUUGGACGAGGGCCGCUGUAUUUAUAGACAACUACCGUUGACCUCCCAUAAAGUGGCCCUCGUUUUUAUUGACCAUGGAGGAACGCUUGGCCGAGGUCACGGUCCCGGCCACGAUUUUGAACUCGCAGCCUUUCCGAUUGCAAGUCGAGCACGCGGGGGGGUGCCCCUGGCUGGAUACGCCGGAGGUAAUUACCCCCCUGGGUUGCUGGUCUUAAGCGUUGCCCUCUUACCGGCAGGGUUCAGUCGCCGUGUUUGGACCCUCAAGCCCCACCUCCAGUCUGAUGUAUCACUGUGUUCAGCACGCGCACCCACCAGUCAGCCCGCCACGGUGCCAGCCCCCCACCAGCCAGCCAUUCGGCCAGCCAGCCAGCUCGCCAGCUCUCCAACGAGAGGAGCAUGAGCUGCAGGGCAAUGCGCCGUGAACGGGACCCCACUGGCAAUCCUAUUUUUGUCUUUGCAUGCGGCGCACACCACCCACAUCAUCCAGGCAUGCCUCUAUAUUGAAUUAUAAGCACAGGUUGGUAAGAAAUCUAGCACAUCGAAUAGAUUUGACUCAUCUCUUGGUAAAAAAAAAAAUCCUGCAUAUGUGUGGAGCUAUUCCCCCCCCCCCCCCCCAAGCUUCCUAGCAAAACAAUCCUCCUGGGAAAGUCGUGAGACUUGGUGAGGAUGCCGCACGUUAAAAACACAAGAGCCCAUUGUCCUUCCGUCUUUUUAAUCAUUCCUUGCGACAGUUUUGCUUCUUUUUUUUCACCAAUGGCUAAAGAGCUAUCGUAGCGAGUGAUCGGCUGAUCGCGUUCGGUCAAGCGCAGGAGACGUUCGGACCCGUGGGGAGCGACGACGCCGCGCUGGCACCACCGAGGUCUUGGCUCUGUCCGCAGCCUUGCCGCGUCCGCCACGGUUCUCGCGCAGCGCAUUGGGGUGGUCACCCUGCCUGCUCAGCCAUCCGCUUCCCGUACAGCCUAAACAGACUGUUGGGGCAGGUGCUGUUUGCGAGCACCUAAUGAAGUCUGGCACGGUACGCGAUGGGGUGGAUUGCCAGCGCCACCGCACGGUCGCCUUUGUCCCCCCGGUAGCGAUGUCUAACACGGCACCAGGUACGCAGUUUGUUGAAGCGGAGUAACUAGGGGGAGACCCGGGACUGGUUUCAGAUGAUCAUCACCGGUAUUGGCCGUGAGCAGAAUCGGAACCCGUUUUCAACAUACUUGGUUGCGCGCUUCAAUUGCCCCGAAUUAUAAUAUUUAUCCAGGAAGCCAUCCCGAAGUCGUACGACUCGUUUUUCAGGAGGGUUUUUUUUCUUCCCCCCAACGAAGUCUUCGGCCCAUUUAAUGACGGCGGCGUGUUUAUGAUGCACGUGGGAGCAAAACCGGAGCAUCCGAGAAGAAGAAAGGACCCCCCCCCCCCCUCGCACAAAUCUCCUUUCGCCCGUGGCUGGGAGGGGGUUGUAAGGCUGCGCAAGUUUGGCCCUUGAAGGUCGUCGCGUGGAAGGGCGAGGUUGUGUGCUUCGGGAAAUUCUGUGUGGCAGGCGGAGCGACGUCUGGGGGGUGGGGUCGCAGGUUCAAUGCAUCAUUGCUCUAGACUCUAGAGGCCGGGUCGCAAAAGCACAAUGGGUUUACAAAUGACAAAAGUUUAACACGACAAGAAUACGUUUAAACAAGACCAAGUGUGAUGCGAACACGGAUGACGCUCGUAAACCUUGAAUCGCAUUUAAUUCUGACAUGAGCAUAACAUUUACGCCGAUGUUGAGGCGAGGUCGUCGUAGUUAGUAUUGUGUAACAUUGGCAAUGGUGGAGGUAGUGGGGGGGGAGGUAGCGGUUUGCACUUCAAUGCGUUCGCUUUGAGAGCGGGUGGCACAUCAGCUCCGUGUUGCUGCUCCCUCUGGCACCGCGUGUCCGUCACGUGGCGCUGCGUCGUCGCCUGCACCCCCCCAAAUCCCCCCCCCCCAAACUCUCCCCCCCCCCAAAUCCCCCCCCCCCCCUCUCCCCCCGCUACUCGACGCGCGCCUUCAAGCCUCGGACUCGCCACACGAGGUUUCAGUUCCUGCAGAUGCUUGAACAUUGAAUGUGUCGUGUCGUCCCCAGCGCAAUCCGAGCGGAGGUGCGUAAUUACCAAGAGCUAGUCCGAGGGAUGUUGCAAAGUUGCCCGAGGAAUUUUCCAAAGUUGCCCGAGGAAUUUUCCAAAGUUGCCCGAGGAAUUUUCCAAAGUUGCCCGAGGGAUGUUGCAAAGUUGCCCGAGGGAUGUUGCAAAGUUGCCCGAGGAUGGCCGGCGGUUGCCAGGUGGCAGAGCGGGAGAGAGAGAUGAGCCGAGUGGAGGGAGCGAGAGUCGGAGGGUCUCCGUGGCCUGGCCCUUCCUUCGCAGCGAUUGGACCCCGACGGUCGACGCCGCCAAGCGCUUCAUCGAACCGCGGAUUCCGCAUGCCGACGCUCGAUAUGUCAGACGUGUUUCAUAAUGAAGUGCGUUCGCGUUUUUUUCGGCGGAAUGUUUAUGCAUCGGCGCUGUGAUUUUUUUCUUUCUUUUUCGGGAGAGAGGUUUUCACGUUAACAACUAAACAACAACAAAAACACCACGAACGAUUUCGUCGAUGUAUCAGGAUUAACGAGGACUUUGUCCCCCGUGAUGUAUCGGUCUCUCCGGCGCUUUUGUGUCCGGGGUGGAGGGGGGGGUUGAGAUUUUGUUGCGUCCGUAUGGGUGGUGGGUGGGGGGAGUACGGGGCGAUUGUGUGUGCGAGAGUGGUUGGGAUGAUUGCGGCUGGGAAGAACCCCCUUGCGGUUUGCCUCCGUUGCACACGCUGACGCAGCAGCACUGGGUUACCGGAGCCGGCGGGGAUGGGUUGGCAGUGGGUUUGUGUUUCAUUUGAAGGGCAUCCCUCGUGUGGGCAAUCCGUUGUCGAGAUGCCCAGGUGUUUUGGGGAAGGUGUUGGGCUUGCGUUGUGUCCAGCGUGAACACGUGGCUGGCCAGGUGUGGCAAGCAGCAGGUAACGGCCGACUUGACGAAGCGCGCCUUUGUUGGGAUUUGGACAACGUUAAAGACCCAUCGCAGAAACAAACCGCUGGCAAAUAUUCAGUUUUCACACAAAGUAAAAAAUCAAGUGAAAUAAAACCGUUGAAAAAAAGAGACAUCCAUUGGCUCGAUAUGGAACGUCAUUGCCCCCCAAGUCUCCUUGGGGAAACAGGAGUCGCUGGAUCUGUUUCACUCUCCCGACUAAACAAACGUAAUUGCAAUGAAAUUAUAUAGUCUUGUGUAUAUGUGCGUGUCAAAUUAUGAGUCUCUGCGUGUGUCAUCAUAAGGCUGUAAGGGCAUGUUGAGUGGCACCGAUCUGCUCGUUCGUGCAUUGUGCGCCUCCCACGCUUGAUGGAAUGCUGUUGCUCAUGAAUGGCUUUCGAAGUUACGGUACGGUAAUAUUGAUUUCACACACAGCUGCUUAAGUGAUCGUGCGACGUUUGUUGUUGACAACAUUGCUGCUGAUGCACCUUCUAUAGCAAAGUCGAAUGUCAGCUUGUGCUAGCCUUAUUAUUAAUUGUAACAAAUAAAGUAACCGCGUGUUUACAACAUG